GACAUGUAUCUUGGUGAAAAAUUAGCUAACGUUGGUGUGUGUGGGGUUUUGCAUAAUUCACGGGUGAUGUGAAUGUCUACAAAAGUUAUGAACAUCUUGAAAUUUAAAUAAUUCCAUAAUUUUAAGCAUCACAUGAUUUGUUAAAGUGAAGGUCUCAAAAUAUAUUUAAGGAAACCACUCAACCUCCCUUGUGAAAGUUCCACUAAUUAGGAAAACUAAUCCCAUACGUUUUUCUCAACUUUGAGUGAUCCAACAACAAUGAAUUGUAGCUCAUAAGGGCUUAUUGCAAAUUAAAAGCACAUAGUGAGUGGCUAGUUUUCCAUAUGUUUUUACUUCUUCUUCUAUGAGCCUAAGCUAUUUUGGAUUAUAUGAACUUCAAGUAAGAAACUCGAGGAUUACCGUACAAUAUUGCUCUUGGAACUUCAAGAAUAGAAGAAAUGCAAGUGGAGCUUAAUGCAUUAAUUAUUUCUAUAAAGAGUAGUCACCUUUGUGGCACUGAUUUUCAAUCCAAAUUAUUUGAGUCUGACAUCAACUUCCACACACAAUAUAUUGUGCUCGGUGCUCCCAACUUUUAGAUACUAUUUGAGUACCAACUUAUUCUUUUGGAGUGCAUUCAAAAAAAAAAAAACUUAUUCUUUUGGAGUGAACUAAGAUUCAUCAUGGAUGUGGAAUCAAGAACAAGCAAUGACAACUCUGUCAGUACUCUUAACCUUGAACAUGUUCAAGACAAAGAUACCUCAAAUGAUUCCUAUGACAUUUCAACUGCUCAUACUAUUGACAAAGAUUCAUGGCAACAAGUGGGGUUGAUGCUUGUAACAGGCUUCAACUGUGGUUGGAUAUUCAGUUUCUCUAACCUUAUAAUGGUUCCAUUGGGUUGGACUUGGGGUGUUAUAUUGCUUUUUGUUGUUGGAUUCUACACAGCUUAUGCUAAUUGGUUAUUGGCAGCUUUUCAUUUCAUUGAUGGUCGUAGGUUCAUCAGAUACAGAGAUCUCAUGGGAUUUGUUUAUGGAAAGAAGAUGUACCACCUCACAUGGAUUUCUCAAUUUUUGACCCUUCUUCUUGGAAACAUGGGUUUCAUCCUCCUUGGAGGCAAGGCACUUAAGGAAAUCAACUCAGAAUUUAGUGAUUCUCCCUUAAGACUUCAAUACUACAUAGUGGUCACAGGAGCAGCAUACUUCAUAUUUUCCUUUUCCAUUCCAACAAUAUCUGCAAUGAGAAAUUGGCUAGGAGCUUCUGCAGUUGUCACACUCACAUACAUAGUAUUUCUUCUAAUUGUUGCAGUCAAAGAUGGGAAAUCAAAUUCGGACAAGGAUUACAGCAUUAGUGGAAGCAAAGUGAGCAAGGUUUUCAGUAGUUUUGGUGCCAUUUCUGCCAUCAUUGUUACCAACACUAGUGGCAUGCUUCCUGAGAUACAGUCAACUCUACGUAAGCCAGCUGUGAAGAACAUGAGGAAAGCCCUAUUCUCACAAUAUACAGUGGGGGUGUUGUUCUAUUAUGGUGUUACUAUAGUUGGAUAUUGGGCUUAUGGAACAGCAGUAUCUUCAUAUAUUCCUGAAAAUUUAAGUGGGCCAAGAUGGAUCAAUGUGCUUGUUAAUGUCAUAGUCUUUCUACAGUCCAUAGUUUCCCAACAUAUGUUUGUGGCACCGAUUCACGAGGCUUUGGACACAAGAUUUCUAGAACUUGGGCAGGGUAUGCAUUCAGGGGAGAAUUUGAAACGCUUAUUUCUCGUACGAGUUUGCUUCUAUACCGGAAACACAUUCAUCGCUGCCGCAUUUCCUUUUAUGGGUGACUUUGUAAACUUACUAGGCUCAUUUUCACUUGUUCCUCUCACCUUCAUGUUCCCGAGCAUGCUCUUUCUUAAGCUAAAGGGAAAGACAGCUAGAACAGAAAAGAAGGCAUGGCAUUGGAUCAACAUUGUUUUUGCAUUUCUACUUACAAUAGCAACCACAAUUUCAGCUCUUCGGUUCAUAGUACAAAACAUUCAAAAGUAUCAGUUCUUUGCUGAUGCAUGAUUGCGGAUUGGCCAUUUCACCAACUAUAUAUAUAUGCUUUAAUUUCAGUAAGAAAUAGAAUUGAGCAUACAGAUACAAUGGGUGGGAAACCAUUACAAAAUUGAAUGAUGUAAAUUCAAUGCGUAUAUGUAUGUAUCUUUGUGGUUAAAUCCACCAUAACUAUUGUUAUAAGGCAUUGUUGGUCAGCAUGCACUCCCACAGUCCCACCAACCCAAAAAAAUGUAUGUUUGAGAAAAAAAGAUAGAAUUGCUAAACAACUUUAACUUUAUUUUUAAAAA